AACAGCCGCGACGAGAAAGAAAGAGAGAGGAGACUGGGAACGAGACUGUCGACAUUACGCUCUCCUGGAAAGCAAACGUCUGCGGGGCUCAGAAAAGCAGUCAUAAUGGCUUCAGAUGCGACAAAUGAGAACGAUUGUGUGAAGGCUCUCAAACAGAGUAGACAAUUUGAUUUUGGAUGUCUUGCUCCUGCAUUGGUUAUAAUUUUCGUUCUUUCAUUCCUGAAGCGACGCACCAAGUUUAAAUUGGAGCUCUGGGAUGGGCGUCCUGGACUACUGAUACCGAUGAACUUUCUUGGCGGUCUUAGUAACAGAUGGACCAUUGCUUUCACGUUUGGAGCCACAGGCAGCACUGUUCUGACCAUGGCAUUGGGUGGAAAAGGCAGUAUCUCGAUUAUCCCAUCUGAAUCUCCCUGGGUAAAAAUUAUUGAUGUUUUCUUGGCUGUCCUCCUGAACACCAUAUUAUUCUAUCCAUAUUUUGCCUGUCUCACAAAUGAAUGCAAGUUACUUGGCGCUAUUCUCGGUUUCCUCUAUGGUGUGUUGAGAUUUUCUUUUCAACUUGCGACACAGAUACGUUGCUACGUUGCGUUUAAGGAAAUAGGAUCCAUCGCACUGACUUACAUUAUUUCCCAUCUGCCGACCACCAUGUGCCUUAGUUUUAUUACAGUGAGAUUUGCUUUCCUUGUGAUAAGAAGAGUUAAGAAUGUAUGGUCUAAACGUUCUACGGAGUCAGCUGGAAACGACCCUUCCUCCCGCUCACUGGCUCAUGAUUCUGACGUUGUUCACGUGAAGUUCAUUUUAGGCCAAAAACCUCAAAUAUACCCAGACAAAGCAGAGUGGUACUGGAAGAUUCUCCACUUUUUUUACAUGCCAAGGGCAGAUUUCAAGUUCUCCACUCAGUUCAUAUCAACAGUCUUUCUCAUCGGGAUAGCUGUUUUCGAAGUCUCACUGACAUUUCUCAUACUGUUGGGAGAUCAGUCUAACGUUUUAGUUACCUAUUUUGGCGUUGAUGUACAAGUACUGAGAGGUUGUCUUUACGGAUCGUAUAUUUUCGCUGCUCUGAUAUAUGUUAUAACAACUCUUCAUUUCAUGAAGUGCCACAGGGAAGAGGUCUGAGUUAUACUGGAUACCAAGUCGCCUAUGCCGUGAUUGGUUUCGUCGUGUUGUCAAAUCUGGGCUUUCUUUUGAUUCUCAUACCAAGUGUUGAUCAGACAAUACGCAAUUUGAUUUGGAAAUGGACAAAGGGACUUGUGCCAUCGAUAGUGCUGACCGUCAUUUUACGACUGUUCCAGCGCUUUCUCUUAUCUCAAUAUGUUUUUCGUGACAGAGAAUACCCGAAUUUCUC